GUGUCAAAAAAAAAAAAAACAUCGAUGAAAGCAAUUGAUAUUUCCUCCACCACUACAACAGUUGUCACCCUGUACCAGUGUUGUAAAAGAAGUUGGCCAGUGCUGCCAGCUCAGAGUGGCAUUUUUAAAGAGUAGAGGAACGGCACAACGACAACGACGCGCAAUUUUGUUGCUCGUUUUGUUUUAAUACAUACAUUUCUGUAAAACUUUUAUUGCAAAUAUCAACAAUAUGGAUACUACAAUCGAGGAUCUUGAGCAGAAGAUGGAGUCGUUUCGAGAAUUUCAUAUGCUGGAGAAACAUCGCGUGCAGAGCUUUGAACAUUGGCCUUUUCCUGCUGAAUCUUCCUGCAGCAUAGCAAAAAUGGCCGAGGCUGGCUUCUACUGGACAGGUACCAAGCGCGAGAAUGACACCGCAACAUGUUUCGUAUGCGGAAAAACGCUGGACGGGUGGGAGUCUGAAGAUGAGCCGUGGAAGGAGCAUUCAAAACAUGCUCCCCAAUGUGAGUUUGUUAAACUAGGCUUGCCGGAGAGUGAGUUGACUGUGCAACAAUUCAUACAAAUACUCGGCACUGUUCUAAAGAAGACCAUUGAAAAGGCCUGUAAGCAAUUUAAGCCAAAAAUUGCCAAGGGAAGCGAAAUUAAACUAAAUGAGUUUUUACGUUGCCAAAAAUAGCAAUAAUUCUUCUUUUCACAAUUUUUAUUAGAUAUUUAUACAUAAGUAUGCACAUAUGUACGUAGCUCUAAAAUGCAAAAUAAACUUGGUGGCAACCCGCAGAA